UCAGUGUAUCGCAGAUGAUUUCGGGUGCGGCGUCUAUUCUUUUAGUGCUCCUAACGGUAUUUACGAUUUUGGGGCUUUAUCUACGUGGUGUUCUACAAAGCAGGCGGGUUUACUGGGUUCGUCGGAGGAUUCCGUUCGUGGCUUGGCCACAUCUGCUCUUUGGCAAUGUCCAAGGGCUUUGGAGGGACGAGCACUCGGCGACGCUCGGGCAGCGGCUGUACAGGGACUUGAAGGCCCGGCGAUUGGCAGCGGGAGGGUUCAACCUGCUGGCGUCGCCUUCGAUUCUGGUGGCCGACGCGGACUUGGCUGAGGAGCUGUUGGUGAAGGAUGCUGGACGGUUUCCUGAUAGGGGGCUGCAUGUGGACGCGCAUGUGGAUUCACUCAGCGAGACGUUGUUUACAUUGAGAGGAGACAGAUGGAGCGAUAGACGAGACCGAUUGGCGCCGGUGUUCAGCGAGGAAACGAUAAGACGAGUGUUCGGAACGGUUGCCAGUGUUGCCGAUGAGUUACGGGUGGAAAUCCGGAAGAAUCUUGGCAGCAGGGAAGAGGAUGUGCACGAGUGGGCAUCGCGGUAUGUAACUCAUGUAAUGGGUACAAGUGUGUUUGGGAUUCGGUGUCGGACGAUACAAGUGCCUAAUACAGAGUUUCGAGUUAACGGAAGGUUGGCAGCUGAAUUCAGUUGGAUGACACUGCUGAAGCACUGGAUUGGAGUUACAAUGCCUGGAUUCGCUAGGAAAUUUGGUCUUCGGAUCACGGAACCAACGGUUGAGAACUUCUACGCAGGACUGUGUCGUGCAACUGUGUUGCAUCGAGAGAGCUACGGUUUCAAGAAAAACGACCUUCUACAGCUGUUUAUAAAACUUCGCGAAGAAGGACAGCUCACGAUGGAAGAUGUGACCACCGAGUGCUACAGCUUCGUCAAAUACGGCAUGGAGACCUGCACCUCGGUUUUGACCUUCUGCUUGUACGAGCUGUCCAAAAACGUUGUCAUUCAGAAACGUUUACGAGACGAGAUCACCCACUCAUUGGAGGACACCGAUGGUCAGCUAACGUACGAAGUCAUCAUGUCAAUGACCUAUCUGGAUCAGGUCGUGAACGAAACCAUGCGCAAGUACCCCCCGAUGGACUUCCUGUACCGUCGUUCAACCCAAUCCCGGGACAACGUACCCAAGGGGACGCUCUUCGUCAUCCCGGUGUACGCCUUCCACCACGAUCCGGACCACUUCCCGGAGCCGGACAAAUUCAACCCCGAGCGGUUCAGCGAGAAGCAAACGCGAACGAGACACCCCUACAGUUACCUCCCAUUCGGAGCCGGUCCUCGUGGAUGCGCGGGAGCUCGGUUUGGACUGCUGGUGGUCAAAAUUGGGCUAGUGACGUUGCUACGCAAUUUUCGGUUCGUUUGGCCCGGAGAUCCCCACCACCAAGGGGAGGUGCAAUUCAGGCCGAAUGCGCUGGUGCUCAGCCCGGUGGAGGGCAGUGUGCGAUUGCGGGUUGAAAGAAUUUGAAAUCAACGGGGGGAAAACACAAAGAAAUUUGAUAUAAUGGGUCACUCGGCUUAGGCGAUAAGAUUGGAUGCGUUAUCGAUAUUGGGAAUAAAAUGCGGUGAUACGGCAGGGUAAUGUGUGUUUAUUUUGGUCGUGAAUGUACUGGACGAGAUAUGACAAGGUCAGUUUUGGUAGAGUGCAAGUCAUUGUGGAGAUUAGCAUUUGCGUCAGAAAUACAAAAGAAUAAACUUGAAUUGGUGACCCCUCGCAGAAUGAUUAAGAA